UGCGAUUGGAUGCUCCUGGUUGAACAGAAGAAUAUAAAUGUUCGGGUUACAACCAUGGACGCUGAGCUGGAGUUUGCCAUCCUGCCCAGCACGACUGGCAAACAGCUUUUUGACCAGAUAGUGAAGACCAUCGGGCUGAGGGAAACCUGGUUCUUUGGCCUUCAGUAUCAGGACAGCAAAAGCUUCUCCACAUGGCUCAAGCUGAACAAGAGGGUGACAGCUCAGGAUGUGAAAAGGGACAACCCUUUGUUGAUUAAGUUCAGGGCAAAGUUUUACCCUGAGGAUGUCACCGAUGAACUGAUCCAGGAGACAACGCAGCGCCUCUUCUUUCUGCAGGUCAAAGAGAGCAUCCUAAAUGAUGACAUAUACUGCCCACCUGAGACUGCAGUCCUCUUGGCCUCAUAUGCGGUGCAGGUCAAACAUGGUGACUACAGGAAAGACUAUCACGUACCAGGAUACCUGACAAAAGAGAAGCUGCUGCCACAGAGGGUUUUGGAGCAGCACAGACUGAAUAAGAAUGAGUGGGAGGAAAGAAUCCAGGUGUGGCACCAAGAGCACAAGAGAAUGCUGAGAGAAGACGCCAUGGUGGAGUACUUGAAGAUAGCCCAGGAUUUAGAGAUGUAUGGGGUCAACUAUUUCAGCAUCAAGAACAAGAAAGGGUCAGAGCUGUGGCUGGGAGUAGACGCCCUGGGUCUCAAUAUCUACGACAAAAAGGACAAGAUGACCCCAAAGAUUGGCUUCCCCUGGAGUGAGAUCAGAAAUAUUUCCUUCAACGACAAGAAGUUCGUCAUCAAGCCAAUCGACAAGAAGUCUCCGGACUUUGUUUUCUACGUUCCUCGUCUUCGCAUCAACAAACGUAUCCUUGCACUGUGUAUGGGCAAUCACGACCUAUACAUGCGCAGACGUAAACCUGAUACGAUCGAAGUGCAGCAGAUGAAGGCCCAGGCCAGAGAGGAGAAGAAUAAGAGGCAGAUGGAAAGGGCUCUACUUGAGAGUGAGAAGAAAAAGCGAGAAAACGCUGAGAAGGAAACAGAGAAGAUUGCCCGUGAGACCAUGGAGCUGAUGGAGAGAUUGAAACAGAUAGAAGAGCAGACAAAGAGAGCUCAAGAUGAGCUGGAGGAGCAGACACGGAGGGCUCUUGAGCUGGAGAAGGAGAGGACAAUUGCCCAGGAGGAGGCUGAGCGCCUGGACAAGGACCGCAGAGCUGCUGUGGAAGCUAAAGCAGCCCUGCUAUACCACUCUGAAACCCAGAUCAAGAACCAGGAGAGCUUGGCCACUGAGCUGGCAGAGCUUACCUCUAAGAUCUCCCAGCUGGAAGAUGCCAAGAAAAAGAAGGACGAGGAGGCGAUGAGAUGGCAGAACAGGGCGAUGAUGGUUGAAGCUGAUUUGGAGCGAACCAAAGACGAGCUGAAGACUAAACUCAUAGGUGUCCACAUUCAGGAUUCUGUCCAUCCCCACAUGCAUGAGCAUGACGAGACGGACGAGAGCAGCGCAGAGGCCAGCGCUGAGCUAACUUCCCCGGGCAUGGUCCGAGAUCGCAGCGAAGAGGAGAGAGUCACAGAGGCUCAGAAGAACCUGAGACUGCAGAAAAACCUCAAGUUCCUGAGCACUGAGCUGGCUGGAGCUGUGGACGAGAGCAAAAAGACCCCCAAUGACCUGAUCCAUGCCGAGAAUGUGAAGGCGGGCCGCGACAAAUACAAGACCCUGCGUCAGAUUCGUCAGGGCAACACCAAACAGCGCAUUGAUGAAUUUGAGUCCAUGUGAGACAGUCUGUUUUUUUAAAGGCAGGACAAGGAAAGAUGAUGAGUUGGAC